AUGUCAAUUGAUCAGCAUUUUCAGCUGCCAGAGCAGCUGCCUUUUCAUUGCGGUGCGACAAUCGGUCGUGGUUCCUACGCAACGGUCAAACUCUGCCGCUACGACCAAAGACCAGACGUCUACGCCGUCAAAUUCAUCAACAAACCCGUCGCAAUAUCUCCCCAAGGCGGCCUAACCCUCAAACAAAUCGGUGCCGAAGUCCAACUCCACAAACUCUGCACAGGACACCCCAACAUCGUCGACUUUAUCGACUCGGAUGAAGACAAUAUCUGGCGAUGGGUCGUGAUGGAGUGGGCCCGUGGUGGUGAUCUGUUUGAUAAGAUUGAGCCGGAUGUUGGGGUUGAGCCUGAUAUUGCGCAUUUUUAUUUUCAGCAGAUGAUUGCUGGGGUACGGUUUUUGCAUGAGAGGGGUGUUGCGCACAGAGAUAUCAAGCCUGAGAAUGUCUUUUUGGAUGGGGAUGGGAAUCUCUUGAUUGGUGAUUUUGGGUUGGCGGCGAUGUUUAGGCAUAAGGGGAUUACAAAGUACGUGAAGGGGAAGGUUGGGUCAUUACCUUACUUGGCUCCAGAAGUGGUGAUGGCAGAGAAGUAUGAUGCGGCAAAGGUUGAUGUUUGGUCAUGUGGCGUGGUGCUGUUUGUGCUGUUGCUUGGGACAUGCCCGUGGGAUGAGCCGGCACCGUUCAAUCCUGAGUUUUCCCAUUAUGCUCGGGGAGGGCUUUAUGAGCCAUGGGAUAAGCUUGACCUCGAUGCAUUGGGGUUGGUGAGAGGGAUGUUAAUGGUUGAUCCGGAACGAAGGAUGACGAUUGAUGAUGUGGAGCGGCAUCCUUGGUUUACUCGUCGGAACCCUAUGAGGGCUGAUAACGGGCAGUGUACGGAUCCGCUUCUGCUGGCGACGAGAUUGCUGGAGAAGUUACAGGUGGAUCUGGAAGAAGCUGCAGCAAGGGCAAAGUCAGAUAGGUCAAUGUCUGACGUUACUAUCCGAUCUGGUGAUGCAUAUGAUUGGAGAGAAACGGGCUUCUCCGCGACACAACCAGAUUAUCGGAGGACCACGGAGUUUGACGAUAUUCGGAUGGGCAAUGGCUUUGUCUCCGCUUCGCAGCCUCAAGCACGGACUGUUCUUGUGGACGACGAGAUCCUGAAUUCGCUGGCGGAUGACCCAAGUAUGAGCCAGUUCUCUCCUACCCAGGGUAUCUCAGAAACCUUGACGCAGAAAGCGAGGAGGUUCAACGAUAUCUGUCCUGCUGAGCGUCUAACGCGAUUUUACGUUGCUGUGGAUCUUCCAACAUUCCUUCCCAUUCUGUCAAACGCACUACAAAGAAUGGGUGUUCCAAAUACAAACAUACCUUCUCUACAGCCAGCUGGAUUGACCGCAGCUACGGUACGAAUUCAACAUGUCGAUCAGCGAAAGCUUCAGAUGCAUGGUGAGAUUCAGGUUCAACGGUAUGCUAAGGGAAGGAAAGGAGACGUGUACACGGUGCAGUUCCAUAAGAAGGUCGGAGAUCCAUUGGAGUGGAGACGCUUCUUCAAAGGGAUUGCGAGGGAGUGUAGGGAGGUCAUUGUUACCGCUUAA